AGCGGCUCCUCCUCCCCGCGGCGGAGGCGCAGCCGGGCGGCAUUAGCUCAUCGCGGCGCGGCGGCGGCGGCUCCUCGCGGCCCUUUCUUCCCCCUCCCCGCCUUGGGGCCGCCCGCCGCUUCCCGCCGGUCGGAGGCGGCGCCGCUCCCCGGCAGCCCUCAUGGCCCUCUGCAACGGAGACGCCAAGCCAGAGAACGCCGGAGAUCUCAAGGAUGGGCAGCACCACUAUGAAGGAGCAGUCGUCAUACUCGAUGCUGGAGCGCAGUAUGGGAAAGUCAUAGAUCGUCGGGUGCGCGAGUUGUUCGUCCAGUCCGAGAUCUUCCCUUUGGAAACGCCAGCCUUUGCAAUCAGAGAACAAGGGUUUCGAGCUAUCAUUAUAUCUGGAGGACCAAACUCUGUGUAUGCCGAAGAUGCACCAUGGUUUGACCCAGCAAUAUUUACAAUAGGAAAACCAGUUCUUGGAAUCUGCUAUGGCAUGCAGAUGAUGAAUAAGGUAUUUGGAGGUACGGUGCACAAGAAGAGUGUUAGAGAAGAUGGAGUGUUCAGCAUUACUCUGGAUAACACAUGUUCACUGUUCAGGGGCCUUCAGAAGGAAGAGCUUGUGCUCCUUACUCACGGAGAUAGUGUGGAUAAAGUAGCUGAUGGAUUCAAAGUGGUUGCCCAGUCUGGGAACAUUAUAGCAGGCAUAGCAAAUGAAUCUAAAAAACUGUAUGGAGCACAGUUCCACCCUGAGGUUAGCCUCACAGUGAAUGGAAAAAUGAUCCUGAAGAAUUUUCUUUAUGAUAUUGCGGGAUGCAGUGGUACCUUUACAGUGGAAAACAGAGAACUUCAGUGCAUUCAAGAUAUCAAAGAGAAAGUGGGCUCAUCAAAAGUCCUGGUUUUACUCAGUGGCGGUGUGGACUCAACAGUGUGUACCGCUCUUCUGAACCGAGCUUUAAAUCGAGAUCAGGUCAUAGCUGUACACAUAGAUAAUGGAUUUAUGCGCAAAAGAGAAAGCCAGUCUGUGGAAGAGGCGCUCAAGAAACUUGGGAUUCAAGUUAAAGUGGUGAAUGCAGCUCAUUCAUUCUAUAAUGGUACAACAACUCUGCCCAUCUCGGAUGAAGACAGAACUCCACGUAAAAGAAUUAGCAAGACCUUAAAUAUGACUACAAGUCCUGAAGAAAAAAGAAAAAUUAUUGGUGACACCUUCGUUAAGAUUGCCAAUGAAGUCAUCGGAGAAAUGAAUCUGAAACCUGAAGAGGUUUUUCUUGCUCAGGGUACCCUCAGACCUGAUCUAAUUGAAAGUGCUUCCCUUGUUGCAAGUGGCAAAGCUGAAGUCAUCAAAACUCAUCAUAAUGACACAGAGCUGAUUCGAAAGUUAAGAGAAGAGGGUAAAGUAAUAGAACCACUGAAAGACUUUCACAAAGAUGAAGUGCGAGUGCUAGGGAGAGAACUUGGUCUUCCUGAAGAGCUGGUUUCGAGGCAUCCCUUCCCAGGUCCUGGUCUAGCAAUCAGAGUGAUAUGUGCUGAAGAGCCUUAUGUGUGCAAAGACUUUCCUGAAACAAACAACAUUUUGAAAAUAGUUGCAGAUUUUUCUGCCAGUGUUAAGAAGCCACAUACUUUGCUACAAAGGGUCAAAGCAUGUACAACUGAAGAAGACCAGGAGAAGCUGAUGCAGAUUACAAGCCUACAUUCACUGAAUGCCUUCUUGUUACCAAUCAAAACUGUGGGAGUGCAGGGUGACUGUCGUUCAUAUAGCUAUGUUUGUGGGAUCUCUAGUAAAGAUGCUCCACACUGGGAGUCUCUUAUGUUUCUUGCCAGGCUCAUACCACGCAUGUGCCACAACAUAAACAGAGUCGUGUACGUGUUCGGUCCACCAGUCAAAGAACCUCCUACAGAUGUCACCCCCACUUUCCUGACAACAGGAGUCCUCAGCACUUUACGUCAAGCUGAUUUUGAGGCUCACAAUAUUCUCAGGGAGUCUGGUUAUGCUGGAAAAAUUAGCCAGAUGCCAAUAAUACUGACACCGUUGCAUUUUGAUCGGGACCCCCUACAGAAACAACCUUCCUGUCAAAGAUCUGUGGUUAUUCGAACUUUUAUUACAAGUGAUUUUAUGACUGGUAUUGCAGCAACUCCUGGUAAUGAGGUUCCAGAAGAGGUUGUGUUAAAAAUGGUGGCAGAGAUUAAGAAGAUUCCUGGCAUUUCUCGGGUGAUGUAUGACUUGACAUCAAAGCCACCAGGAACAACAGAGUGGGAAUAAUUAACUUUUUUCUAUUAAAGUACUGUGUGCAGUCUAAAUCAUAUCAGAAACCAUUCCCAGUGUUGACAUGCAGUACUGUGAAGGAGUGACUGGAGCUGCUACAUCGCAUCAGAUUCCUCUCCUGGAGCAUAAACCUGCAGUUAAGAGCUGUGCUGGGGAUAAUAACUAAGUGGGGCUGAGGAUUUGUACGGGUAAAUAAUCAUGGCAGCAUUGCCGGUGCGCAGACAGAUUCCUAUUGCUUUUGCCUUUGUCUUACUGAUUCCUCCUGUUUUCUUGUGUUUUAUUGUUAACUGUCAUUUCAAUGUCUCUUUGGUUUUGUACACUGUGUGAAACUAGGCAGUUUAUUUACUUCUACCAAAAGCAUUGUUACAGCCUAAAAACGUAAAAUUAAUUAUUUGUGACCAACUGCUUUUGAACGGAUUUAUUAUGAAUAAAUAUUUUGCCAAAUGGAGUAGUGGGUACCGUUGAGUUGUGGAAUUACUGUGUAUCUGUUGUAUACUGUUAAGCUUGUUCUAUAUUGUUUGACGUAUUAGCCCAUGGCAAUAAUGUUGGCUCCAAGAGAGUAAUGCUAAAAUAUUAUGAAAUGACCUGUCUGUCUUUCUGUACUCGCUCCCCCUUGCAUUGCUCGGUAGGUGUGCGUGUUGGUAACAGAUGUGUAUACACAGGCUAAUCUUUAGUAUACACUUACUGCAUGUAUGCGUAUGUCAAAUUCCAGGCAGUGAAGUAUCUUUGUGUCCUUCUGGGGACUCUGACAGAAGCAUAAAAGUGGGAGUGAGGUUUGGAAAGCUGUUGCACCAGAGCUACUGGAUCUGCGAAUCCUGUUUCUGUCCUCAGACUCUUGCGCAACAGUCCCUUCGCAGCCUGCUGCCGGUGUGGUUUCAUUAUACUUGAUGACAGUUUAUUUGCUAUGCAUUUGCUUUUACAGGAAUUUUUUUUUUGUAUGUAUUGUACUUAGCUUGAUCUUCAAGAUCAUUAUAGUCAUUAGUGUGGAGUCAUGGUAUCAGAGGUGACUUACCCAAUCCAUAUAGAUCCCUUCCGUCAUUUGUAUUCUGCUGUUUAUGUAGUUAAGUAAGCAAUAAUUUGAGAGAUGGUUACUCUGGACACCUGUGCUUUUCUGAUGUAUUGAGGCAAAGCUGUUUCCAUCCACCUGAGAAUUUUGAGUGUGUCCUGCAGUUGCUGUCUGUGGAAGUAACAGUUAAAUUCUGACCUGAGCAGCUUGCUGGGUGCCUGCCAGGUACCUCCACCGAUGGAACCGUAACCAUGUAUCCAGGCUCAUCACCAUUACGUUUUUUUUUUUUAAUUUAAGCAGUUGCAUUUCAUUCAGCUGCAAGAUUACCAUAGUAUUAUGGGGGUGAAACACUUGUUUUAAAAUGUUCAGUAGCCUGGAGUAUUUAAUGGCUGUAUAUUUCCACUUGCAUAGAUUUGUGAACUGGAGUAAUGGUUGAAAGUGUUCUAUAUUCUUUUGAUUGCACACAUUGUCCUGUUGUUCUUACAUUUCCUGCCUACACAUUAUGAAAAUUUAGUUGAAUUUCUGCUUAUAGGAGAUGGCUAAUGUGUUAAUCUACUCUUUUGCCUGUGUCACUGAGUGGUGGUUACAGCCCUCUGCUCUUCAAAACCCUUUGGGGACACAGGCGUACAGGAGAGCAGUAGACCAGGGGCCCAGAAAACUGCCUUCCCCUCACAGCCCAGCCCCUGGAAGGUCCUGUAGCCUGAGCACAUUGAUCUUAAUCGAUAUCUUAGUUGCCCCCUUUAUAAAAUAGGGGUAGUACUUCUCACCCACAUCCAUCAUAAGCAAUUUGAGCCCUUUGGAUGAGCUUUUUGUGAUGUAAGUGAAAUACCGUUAGUACAAAUGUUCUAUCAUCACUGGACUGUGACCUGUAAGAGCUGUUGGCCAAAACCACAGGAAAUCGGUGUUUGCUGUGGCAGAAUCUAUUACAGCAUGGGUUCUGCUGAAAACACAUACAUUUUCUUUGUAUUAUCUCAGAAGAAAGCUCCCUAAUGAAAUUAUGGCCUUAGAGUACAUUUUAACUUUUUGUCAGAAAAAGCUGAGGAUAGUUUUCAUUACUGUGGGGGUAUCUCAGAUGUAAAGGGUGCAGUGAUGAGAAAUGAAUCUAUUUGGUGCGAUGCAGAAAUCCUUCAGCCUUUUAAUGCUAUAGCAGUUGUUGCUCAUUGUAAGUAGGCUUGCUGCUGCUGCUGCUGCCACCAGUCUGUGUUACCUUGACAGCAAACAGGCAAAACAGAAGGCAUUACUAAAAAGUAAUGCCAAGAAUAUAAGAAUUAUUAAAAAGUACUGAAUGAAAAGAAUAUGGUAAUUACUAAAAAGUAAUGCAAAGAAUUUAGAGCACCUCUUAAACCCAAAUCUUUCUCAGUUUUGACUGAGACACUUGGUCUCCAUGUAAAUAAAUCUGCAGUAAAUAGUCCCAUAGUUAUGAUGUAACUCACAAGAACACUUGGCCUGGUGAUGGUGAUGCCCAUUGGUUUGGGGGUAAAGUAACUGUUGUACCUCUGGACCACAGACUUGCAGCAUCCUUGUAGUGAAUAAAUGAUUUCUGUCUAUGUUGCGCACUUGGAAGUCCUUUGAGUUGCAUCUUAACUAUAGGCAUGAUGUAUACCUGUAUUCUAUGUGUAUACUGAAGUUUGACAUACACUUCUACCUUCUUUGGAUCACCUGGGUUGCUUUCAUGUGUGUAAUGAAACGGAGCUUGACAGCAGUCCCUGUGCUUUUUAGGAACAUACUUUGGUUUGGGGUUUGUGGUGGGUUUUUUUAAGCCAGAAAGUUGAAUAUUGAAAAUUUUAGGCAUAAACUAUUGCACUAUAAUCAAAACGUCUUACCAAAAUGAAAUUUGUGAUCUUUAGCUCUCUUCCCCCUGUUUGACGCCUGUGCCAUGCGUUGUAGACGUGGUGGGUUGUUCUUAGGAAGGUUGGUGUUACCCCAGCAGUUCUUGAGUGUUUUUAUGGACUCCAUGUGUAUCAGACAGCCAGAAGUGGAGAGAAACAUAAUACUCUGUUCACAUUUCUUAAAAAAAAAAUAAAUCUAUAUAUAUUUAGCACCUAGUUUACAAACUAAUAACUGUAGCUGCCCUGUACAAUUGUUCACCUCGAGUCUUCAGUAAAACAUGUCAGCAGUUAGAGGAAUUUGUAUUGGGGGCAUUCCCCGUCAUUCUCGAUUUUUAACAUUUUUCUGCUUGUGAAAUGAUAAAGUACUGUGAGCCUUAAUUUUUAUCCACAAAUAAAAAUAUUAUGUUUGAA